UGGGCAGGCAAAGCAUGCACCAGGGGCGUGAUCCAUCGAUUCUUGAAACCAUUCACCACUAUAUAUAUCUACAGAACAAGAGUAAUAUAAGUAGCAGCUAGCUAGCUCGCAAAUCAGACAAACAUGGCACCUCCAUACUACCGCUGCUGCAGCGCAUUGUUGCUGCUGCUCUUGAUGAUCCAGCAGCAGCAGUGGCCCUUGUGCGACUCGGCCGGCAUCGUAGAGGACACCUGCCAAAGAUGCAGCCAGAGCGACCCCAAGGUGAACUACACCCUCUGCAUCUCCUCUCUUUCCCAGGACCCUCAGAGCAGGCAGGCAGACCUCCACGGGCUCGCCAUGGUUUCGGCCAAGCUGGUGAGGUCAGGUGUGGUGAGCAUGGAAGCCAGGUUUGCCGAGCUCAGCAGCAGGGAGAGGCCGCUGACCCCCAGGAAGUCCUGUCUCGAGGCCUGCGUGUGGCUCUACCUCAACUCGCUCUACGACCUCGACACCUCCAUCGCAGCGAUCGACGAGCGAAGGUACCCGGACGCCAAGACAUCCAUGAGCGCCACCAUCGACGCGCCGGUCACCUGCGAGGAUGCGUUCAAGGAGCAGGGCUUCGAGCCACCCUUGAGAGCGGAGAACAAGAACCUGUUUCAGCAGGCGGUCAUCUCCCUCGCCAUCGUAUCCCUACUGUGAUUAUGAUAUAUUACUGUACAGUGUCCAAGCAUGUAGUGAUGCUAAUUGCUAUAUGAACGAACCAUAAAUAAGAUUGUGCUGAGGUCUUUUACAGUGCACAAUACGACUAUAU